AAAUAACCGGAAGUUGCCGAAACGAAGGCAACGCCAUUUUGAUUUCAUUGAACCGCGUUUCUUUUCCGGUUCUUUUGACGUGUGUAUUGUAUCAAUACAAAAAUGGCCAAGCGUACCAAGAAGGUAGGAAUCACCGGGAAGUAUGGUACCAGAUAUGGUGCCUCCCUUAGAAAAAUGGUGAAAAAGAUGGAAAUUACGCAGCACAGUAAAUAUACUUGUACCUUCUGUGGAAAGGAGGCCAUGAAACGCAGCGUUGUUGGAAUCUGGUCCUGCAAAAGGUGCAAAAGGACAGUCGCCGGAGGUGCAUGGGUUUACUCCACAACGACCGCUGCUUCCGUCAGGUCAGCAGUCCGUCGUCUCCGAGAAGUCAAAGACCAGUAAAUUUAUUUAAUAAAAAAUUAAAUAUUCCAAACAACUUCUGUUACACUUAAUUUACUUACACACCUCUCGAAUCAAUUGUAAAUUACAAUAAAAACCUACUUUUGUUUAAUAA